AUGAGUACAUAUCCAUCUGGAUACCGAAUUGCGCAGGCUGUCGGCCUUAGUGGCGCAGCAUGGCUGUCUGGCAAUAUUGCUGCUCUCAGUUUAAUCGCGGUGCCUGCAUUGACCAAUGCCCAGGAGGAGAAGGAAGUGUCACCAGGCACGGCCGUCAAGUUGUGGAAAAAAAUCUACGAUGCCGGAAAGUCUCAAAAUCCACCGGUUGCGGCCACUACGGCGGCCGCAUUUCUUUACCUUGCCUGGUCGGCCCGCCCUGGCAUUCGCACGACGUACAACCCGGCUGGGCUAUAUACCGCAGCUGCUAUUCUGACAGUGAGCAUCGUGCCGUACACUAUCGUCACGAUGCGUCCGACGAACAAUGCUCUUAUCAAACUGGCGAAAUCCCAAGCCGACCUGACUGCCGCUGAUGUACUUCAGAGCAAUGGCCUUCUUGGCCGAUGGAUGGUUUUAAACGGUAUUCGAAGUCUCCUGCCGCUCGUUGGCGGGGUGGUGGCCAUUACGGCGGCUUUUCUCUCGACAUGA